AUGAGGCCACAAAUAGUGUUGUUUGGGGACUCACUAACACAAAGAUCAUUCGAAUCAGGGGCUUGGGGUGCUGCAAUUGCUGAUAUUUACUCAAGAAAGGCUGAUGUUGUGCUCCGAGGUUAUGGUGGAUAUAACACCAAAUGGGCUCUCUUCUUGUUGCAUCACAUUUUUCCUCUGGUGUCUUCAACUCCUCCUAUUGCCGUUACUAUAUUUUUCGGGGCUAAUGAUGCUGCUCUAUUAAGUGGCACCGGACGAAAGCAGCAUGUGCCUAUUGAAGAAUACAAAGAAAACCUGAGAAAAAUGGUCCGCCACAUUAAGAAUUUGUCCAAAGACACGCUUGUUGUGCUUAUAACUCCACCUCCUGUUGAUGAGCAAGGGCGUCGAGAAUUUGCAAGCAGGUCUCUAUAUGGGGAUAAGGCCUCUGAAGUAAAUGAUCGAACGAAUGAAGUGACUGGAAAAUACGCAAACGAGUGUGUCGAUCUAGCCAAUGAACUCGGCCUUCCCUCAGUCAAUCUAUGGUCCAAAAUGCAGGAAAUUGGUGGCUGGGAGAAAAAGUUCUUGAGUGAUGGCUUGCAUUUGACGCCCGAAGGAAAUGCAGUUGUUUUUCGAGAGGUACGGAAAAUAUUUGAUGAAGCCGGGUUUUCGAGUCUUCCCUAUGAUUUCCCUCCACAUUUGGAAAUCGACGGAGAAAAUCCUGAAAAUACAUUUUUGCAACAGUGUUCUUCUGUGUGA